GGUGAUUGUUGGCACAUGCAAUGUCACGGAUUUCUAAAAGGAGAAAGAAAUGUGUGCAAGUACUAACACUGUUGCCGUGUGAACGUGUUUUUCGACAUUUUUCCUGUGUAUUUGACAUGGACAGCGUCUGAGCGACGGGCGACCUGACUCUAGAAUCAAUGUGGUGUCAGCUGGAAGGACGCGGGGUCCGGAUCUCACCUAAACGCUGAUACGUCUUGGGAGUGAUGCACUGGCUUCCCCUGGUUGCCAUGGUGAUUGCCUCGGCCCUGCCCUUCCCUCACAACCCCGUGACCACGCAGCCCGGCUCCGGCAGCCGUCGUGACCCGGCCGCUCGCCUCCCAGCUCCUCCCGUGGACUACAGCCUCCGAGGAAAUGCCUCACGACCGGACAACGGCGCGGCUGACGCUCUUAGCCCGCACACCAUCAGCUCACAGAACCUCCAGAACCGCAAGGGUUCUUUAAAACCCUCCAUUCACGAAGAGACUUCCACAGCCAUAGUGGAGAAUCAGAUAACCUUCCAAACGUUGAGCACCUCAGGCACAGACGACCCAAACCGAGUCAGUUUGGAUGUUUCACCUCUCAGGAACGAAGAGACUUCUGAGGACAACUCGCUACCAGAGGACUACAAAGGGGACGGCGCCAGCAGCAGGACAGCUUCCUCUGGUGUUUUGGACUUUUCCAAGGAUCUCACUCAGCAGGACUCCACAAAUUCACCGUUGCAGGUUUCCACUGUGGAGAACUACGAUGUGGUCAGUCCUGCUACAAUGCUGAAGGGUCAGAGAGGACUGGAGCCGACGGCUCCUUCAGGGCCGGUUCUAAACGGGCUGAAAAGCAGGACAGGAGCUAGAACGAGUCCAAGUCUGACCCUGGAGGCCGGACUGGGUCUCGGGGCCGAGCUCGACAGUCUUCUGGAAGCGGACGAUGUGUUGUUGAACACGCACCCACGAGUCCUGUUCUCCUCCUCCCUGUUGCCUCCUGAACACCCACCCCUGCAGCUGAUGCUGGAGAGCGGCCUGUUGGAGGAGGACGGGGACGAGCAGGAGGACCUGGACAGGCACAUUGAGGGUCACGGCGACCGCGCCAUCGACAGGAGCACAACUUCAAGUUGGUCGAACUACUCCAAAGUUCCCAGUAAGGAGGCCGUCCGUCCUGUUAGAAGGGACAAACGGUCACACCUGAUUGACAAAAGGAGGGGGGAAAAGGCCGUGUGCGAGUCGGAAAGUGUUUGGGUCACCGACAAGAAGACCGCCACAGACUCUCACGGACAGACGGUCUCCAUCCUGCCGGAAAUCCAGACGCAGACAGGACCCAUCAAGCAGUACUUCUACGAGACUCGCUGCCGGCAGGCGGAGCAGCAGAGCAGCUCCGGCAGGACGAAGGGGGCCGCGGGGCGAGCGACGGGGACUGGGGUAGCCGGAGCCGGGUGUUUCGGCGUGGACAACAAACAGUGGCACAGCGAGUGCAAAGCCAAGCAGUCGUACGUCCGAGCGCUCACCAAAGACGCCAACAACCGGACCGGCUGGAGGUGGAUUCGGAUAGACUCGUCCUGCGUUUGCGUGCUGCUGUCCAGAACCAGUCAGGGGAGAGACGUCUCGCCAAGACGGGGGAGAGGCUGA